AUGGCCUCCGGCGCUGCCAUGCGCAUGUCGAGCCGUCGCUUUUUGAGCACCCAGAGCUCCUCGACUUCCCGUCUCCCCAGCACCCUUCUCCAGAACACCCGCUCGCCCAUCGCCGCCGCCAGCCGCAAUGGCCUCCUGAUGAACAAUGCCCGCAACAACAUCACCCGCAACCUCAUGCGUAACGGCCAGCAGACCCGCGGUGUCGUCGCUGAGACCAUGACCACUGCCAUCGUGGUCGCUGCUAAGAUGCAGGGUGCUGGUUUGGCUACCGUCGGUCUUACCGGCGCUGGUGUGGGUAUCGGCACGGUUUUCGCUGCCCUGAUCAACGGUGUGGCUCGUAACCCAUCUCUCCGCGGUCAACUCUUCUCGUACGCCAUUUUGGGUUUCGCCUUCGCUGAGGCCACUGGUCUGUUCGCGCUCAUGAUUGCGUUCUUGAUCCUCUACGCUUACUAG